GGACGCCCGGGUGGGCGUCCAAGUAGGCGAGUUGGCCUCUGGGUGGUGGCCACCUCCCUGCGGAUCAGGGAGCAGCUUCUGUUCCAAAGGGACCCCGGGAGGAACACUUUCAUGCUUUGGUUCUUAAGUGGACAUUGGCCUUGAAAUAGCCCGAAACUAUUAGUCCAUACAAACUCAGCGAUUUGCUUCUUGCUUUUGCCUCGGACACCAAGUGGUACAGCCUCCUGCCCAAGUAGAGACCUGUUUACUGAGGGAGGAGGCGAGUUAGCUGAGGUUUAUUGGUCUCCCCCACUGGGAGAGAGGUGAGGGCUAGCACAGAGACUAAAACGGUUAAAGCCCUGGAUGCUCUGAGAGAGAGGCGCCUUGGCAGUGACCCAGACCCUGCCAUGCACCUGACUAAUGAGGUGCAUGGAAGAGGACCGGGGACGACUGAGUGCCUGCAGCUGCGACAGGAACACCCUGUCUCCUCCCCUCCUUUGGGCUGAGGCUGUCACUAUCCAGGAAGCAUUUUCUUAGGUGACUGAGGCCAGUGAAGCAAGAUGCAUAUUUAAAAAUAAUUAACCCACUUUUUAAACUGUCUCUUUAACUCUCAUUUGGAAAGCAGAAGCGCAGAAUGUCUUUUCUCACCUGCAUUCCCCACGCCCCCAACACGUAAACUUUUGUUGUGCUCAUGGUGCUUUAUGCUAUUUUUGCUUUAUAUUUUAAAUACUUUUUUUGUUUUAAAAUAUGUCAACUACUGUCGUCAUGAUUCAAAAAGUUAUUAGGUCGAAAGACACGUAUGCAUUAUUGCAUACGUCUUCUGCAUUUGUCCUCGGAAAGAUCCUGUGCUGCACCGUGAGGCAGGUCGCCCUAAAGGAUGAGAAGACGCCUUGCCUGUCGGCCUUGGGCUUUUUGAUUGGUGGGAGAGAUGCCAUACACACCAGUGACCCUAAUACAAGAAAGUGCUAAGUCGUGUGACAAAUUCAGAAAAGAUAAUAUGGCAGUGUCGGGAGGCAGAAGUCACUUCACGAUGUGAAGGGAGCAUUUAAAUUGGGCUUUCAAGGAUGACCAGGGUAGGGUCAGUCGGAGAUGAAAGGGAACAACAUUCCAGAGAGGAAUGAACAAAGGCACAAAUUGGGAGGAAAGCACAAAGCAGGUAAGAAGAGAUGGUUUGCAGGAGGGUGGAAGUUGUGGGAGGUAAGCCUGAUGUCAGAUAAAAUUAAUUAGAUUCUAUUAAUGGUGGCCAAAGGAGGCACAUGCUGUUUAGAGACUUUUCAGGCUGCAGUUGCCUGGCUUUGACAUUGUUGUACUAGUUCAGUGUUUUAAUUCCACCUGAGAAGUGGAAGCAGGGGAAGUGGAUUUCCCCAUCUAUCAGGUAGGGUAUACACAUUUACGUAAACUCCUUGUCUGUAACAAUAAACUCAGGUGCUGUCUCCUCACAUGGUCCUUACAACAACCCUGCCACGCAGGAAGGGCAGAUAUUAAUACCCUCCCCUGCCCUUGAUAGAGGUGGAAACUGAAACUCUGGAGAGUUUACAGGAGUUGCCCACAGAUAUACAAAGUGGGGAGCCAAAGACAGGCUCUGUUCACUCUGUCCCAGCCUCCAUCGCUGGAGAGGUGCUUUUGUGCCCUGUUUCCAUUACUGCUGCUCGGUUGCUAUUUCUAUUCAAUUACAAGUCUUUGUUUUGUUCUUCACUCCUGAUUAUUUUAAUCUGAUUAAUUACACUAAUAACAGCUGCUGGUAGGCACUUAAGUUCAUUACCUCUAAUUUUCACAACCAUCGUGGGUAGGUCUGAUUACCCCAUUUCCUAUACGAAGAAACAGCAGUGGGGAGGUUACCUUGCUGGUGGGUGGGGAGCCAGAAUUCCAUCCAGGUCUGUCUGAUGUCUCAUCUUUGUGUCUAUCCUGGAGGCUUGUUUUGUUAUGGGGAUUAAAUGACACUACCUAUGUAUAACAUUCUUAGAAAAUGCUGGACGUGUGGUAAGCGCUGAAUAUUGUCACUAGUAGGCGUGGAAGAGGAGUGAACUGAAGCCUUGGGUAGUGCUUUGGCACUGUGUUUCCUUUUCCACUGCGCUGGGUAACCUCCUGCCUUUCUCUACUCCUUUAGGCUCAGCCUUUCCCAAGUGUUCCUAUUCGUGUGUGGGUUGCUCUUUCAUACUUGUUGUUUUCUGUCAUCAUCUAUUCAUCUCGUUUGACUUUAUCCCAUUAAUUGUGUGGUGUUUUAUUAAAAUGCUUCUAUGACUUCAUAGGUGUAUUCAUCUGCCCAUUGGCAGUAUUUUUGUUUUAUACCCAGAUGUAUUUAUAUUCCCUGGCACUUGUUGUUCUGACCUUUCUGCCCCUCCCCCAAUUGUCAUCUUUACUGGCUACUAAGUCCCCUUUCUUCCCUGCAUCUGGGGUGGCACAGAAAUGGGAACACAGACAGAUGUUCAUGUCUCCCAACCAGAAGGGUCUGACCAGAGAGAGACCUCAGUGGAGACUGCCAUGGGUGGGGUAAAGGGUAUAUAUAGUUCCCAGAAGAGAGAGUAUGGUUUGAGUCUCCCAAAGCCAGUUCUUGGGGGUCUUUCCUAGGUUCUUCGUGUAUAUAUAGUCCAGCCCUGCCUUCCUAUUGCAACUCUGUCCUUAGAGAAGUCUGGAAAUGCCCAGAUAUCCACCCCCACACCCCUCCCCCACCGGCCCUGCACUUUUUAUUGGAUUUUAGGAAGACUGUCCUUGUAUUGGGGGAUGCCUUUACAGCCCAUUAAACAGUAUCUAGUCCUUCAAAUUCUAUCUUAACUUUUGCCCUGGAAAAACUAUUAUUUGGGGAGACUUAUAUGACUUAAUUUGCUCAUAUUUUGGGCACGAUGAUGAAUUGAGCUGUGCAGGGAGACUUGAGAGAUUACAGAUGUGUUAACUCAUGCAAAAUGCCAUGGUUUCUAUUUGGAGCACUUUUAUGCCAUGUACCUGGUGUACCUGAACUUACCUACCCAGAGAACAUGGAGAAACAUUGCUGGUGAUUAAUCUAAACAAAGGUAACAGGUUGCCCCAAAUGGAGGCUCCUAAUAACAUUUGUAGGAGGUUUAAAUCAUGCCUGAUGGUGAAUUCAGAAUUGUUGGCUAUAUUGCAGUACAAUAUAACCUUAGAAAUAUUGCAGUCAGAAGUGAGCAGGUGCAUUUGCGGGAGAGUGUUGAAUGAUUCAACUUUUCACUGUUUUACCUGGUUAUUAGGGAAACUCAAUUUCUGAAUUACUUGGUUAAAAAGAAAAUCCUCUCAUCAUGAUGAUGAUGUGAAUGUGUAUGUAAAGUAGGUUAAAUGAAUCAAAGAAUGUAGGAAACUUAUACUUUUGAACAGGUGUUAAAUUUUGCAGUUUUAGAAUUUGUUUUUCACUUAGAUCCAAGUUAGCACAUGUGAACUUGUAUUAUUCUUUAAUUUUUAAGAUCUAUGUUUUGAAUAAUUGUUGAUUUUUUUAACAGUUAUAAAAUGCACACCUUGCUUGGUAAUCCCAUACACAGCAAUGGAGUUCUACAGCUUAGAGUAAUAGGUAGCCAAAGAAUUAAGAAGAGGAAGAACUUCCAGGAGUGUUCUAAGAUUGUCUCCUCUGAUUUCCUUGCCCAUGAAGUGGAUCAGUGGAUUUGUCCUAAACCAGGUGAACUUGGGCAUGUGUUCUACCAUUCUUCGGAGUUCAGGGACAGAGUACUGGGUCCCUGCUGUUUAAAGCAACACAACUCCGUUCUCUUGUCCCCUCACCUACCUAGUAGUCUUGUUGAGCUGGCCUGUUUGCCUCUUCCAGGUGUCAGCAUGAAUCCUGCCCUUUUCAUCUCCUUUGCCCUUAAACUUGGGGUUAGGAUGCAGAAUUUUCCACUUCCCUCCACCCCGUUGUCUUGACAUUAAAUAACUUGUAGUAUUAUUUUAAGGAAAAGUCAAAGCAGUUUGGUCCCUGAAGGUUUCUCCUCUGGGAUCAAGUCUGUCCUGAUUUGAAAUAUGAAACCAGAUAGUUUCUGCAGUUGUUAUCUGUCUGUAUUACCUGAGAUCUUGAUCUCUUAGAAAAACCUAUCGUUGCCCUUGAUCUGUUUCUCUUUGUUGUAUUUGUUUUUCUUGAAGUGUAUACACCAGCUAGUUGGUCAGUGGAUGAAGCUCAUGAUCUUUCCUUGUUUCUGAACCACAUCUUACUUUGAACACACUUGUGGAGCUCAGUCUUCCUGAUGGCGUGCGCUUGUUCCUAAUAAAGCUAAAAGAAGAAUUUUGAUUUCUUUUUGUCUGAAAGCUUCCAUCUCUCUCCACUUUGGGUUCACCAUACAUUUCCUGUGUUCUGUGUGAAGGAUGACUGCAGCAGCUUGUAUUGUUUCUAAGGAUCAUUCAGGUGCCACCUGGAAUCUUAUCACUGCACUGUAAUGCAGAAAUAUUUUCAUGUCUUUUAAAAGAAUAACAGGUAAUUUUUCUUUCUUUACCUUGAUCAACAGUCUCCGAGGUUUAUCUAUUUUAUACUUUUUCAAAGAAUUAGAUUUUGUUUGGUUUCUAGUUUACCAAUUUCUUCUCUGUAUUACUUAGUUACUCCUACUUUAUUGGCAUAUAUAUAUAUUUUUUUUUUUCAUUCCUGAAUUGAAAGUUUAGCUCAUUAAUUAUUGAAUUUACUUGUUUUCUAAUAUGUGUAUUCCCACCUAACAAUGAUAAUUAAUCCCUGAAAAAAACAAUUAUAGUUGAAAACAUAAUAUUACUUUCAAAAAUUUUAAUGACAAAUGUUUUUAUGAGCGCCUAUGUUCUAAAAUAGGCAUGCCCUUAUGCUAAAAUGACAUCAGUCUUAGGAAAAUGCACAAAACUAUUUCAGUAGUUUAUUUUAGUUAUUACAACUCCUAAGAAGCCAUUUCUCUUCAUCAGUUCCUCCAAAAUGUGGCUAUUUACUUGUUUUCAUUAAAUUCAAAGCUGUGAUAAACUAACACUCAAGACUGUGUUACAAAGCAUAGUCAUGAUAACUAUGUUUAUGUAAAUUUAUCUGUAUUGCAAAUUAUAAUAACAAUAAAGAGCAUGGCAAAGACUAAAGAAUUCAGGGAGGUGAUGCAAAUGAAAUUGCACUUUCCUAAGCAAUUGCGUGAAAUCAUUACUGCUAUUAAUUGACAAACCACCUGUAUUCUGAAAUGAGAACUUAACAUAUCAGUGAUAAAGCUGGAAAGAUGACUGAAGUAUCUCAUCAAGGGCACCCAGCCACCGAUUUAAAAUCUAUAAAAUCCAAUACAGUCUUUAUGAAGUCAAAGAAAUGCCUCAUGUGCUGAAAUAGGAAUAGUAAAAGAAACUCUUCUUAAAGAUGGUUUCUCAUGAUCCAAAUGGGUAUAUCUUAGAGGAAUGGCAAUGUAUGUAUUUUUUUUAACGCUUAUUUAUUUUUGAGAGAGCAUGAGCAGGGGAAAGGCAAAGAGAGAGGAAGAUACAGAAUGUGAAGCAGGCUCUAGGCUCUGAGCCCUCAGUCCAGAGCCUGACAUGGGGCUUGAAUUCACAAACCAUGAGAUCAUGAUCUGAGCUGAAGUCUGACACUUAACCGACUGAGCCAGCAGGCUUCCAUCUGUAUCACAAGUUGCCCACAAUAGUGCCUGAGAGCUGCCUCCUUAUAAUGGUUGGCCUGCUGCUAGGAGGGAUUAUUUUUGGGGUCGAUGAAAAGUCCCCCCCUGCCAUGAAGACUGAUGUGUUUUUCUUGUAUCUUCUCCCACCCAUUGUGCUUGAUGCGGGCUAUUUCAUGCCCACUCGCCCGUUCUUUGAGAACAUUGGCACCAUUUUCUGGUAUGCUGUGGUAGGGACCCUCUGGAAUUCCAUUGGCAUUGGGGUGUCUUUGUUUGGUAUCUGCCAAAUUGAAGCCUUUGGCCUGAGUGACAUCACUCUGCUCCAGAAUCUACUCUUCGGCAGCUUAAUCUCAGCAGUGGACCCCGUGGCUGUGCUCGCUGUCUUCGAGAACAUCCAGGUCAACGAGCAGCUCUACAUCCUGGUCUUUGGAGAGUCCCUGCUGAAUGAUGCAGUGACAGUGGUCCUGUACAACUUGUUCAAGUCUUUUUGCCAGAUGAAAACCAUUGAGACCAUUGACGUGUUUGCUGGAAUUGCAAACUUCUUUGUUGUGGGAAUUGGUGGGGUGUUGAUUGGCAUCUUCCUGGGAUUUAUAGCGGCAUUUACUACUCGGUUCACGCAUAACAUCCGGGUGAUUGAACCACUCUUUGUCUUCCUGUACAGUUAUUUGUCCUACAUAACAGCCGAAAUGUUUCACCUCUCAGGUAUCAUGGCAAUCACCGCCUGUGCAAUGACUAUGAAUAAGUAUGUUGAAGAAAACGUAUCUCAGAAGUCCUACACGACCAUCAAGUAUUUCAUGAAGAUGCUGAGCAGCGUCAGCGAGACCCUGAUCUUCAUCUUCAUGGGCGUGUCCACCGUUGGAAAGAACCACGAGUGGAACUGGGCCUUCGUGUGCUUCACUCUUGCCUUCUGUCUCAUCUGGCGAGCGCUGGGUGUCUUUGUCCUGACUCAGGUCAUUAACUGGUUCCGGACGAUUCCCCUGACCUUUAAGGAUCAGUUCAUCAUUGCCUAUGGAGGGCUCCGAGGUGCCAUCUGCUUUGCGCUUGUGUUUCUCCUACCUGCUGCUGUGUUUCCUCGGAAAAAGCUGUUCAUUACAGCUGCAAUCGUUGUCAUAUUCUUUACUGUCUUCAUCCUGGGAAUUACUAUCCGACCGCUGGUGGAAUUUCUAGAUGUGAAGAAGUCCAAUAAGAAACAGCAAGCGGUCAGUGAAGAAAUCCAUUGCCGGUUUUUUGAUCAUGUGAAGACCGGGAUUGAAGAUGUUUGUGGACAUUGGGGUCACAACUUUUGGAGAGACAAGUUUAAGAAGUUCGAUGACAAAUACCUGCGGAAGCUUUUGAUUCGGGAAAACCAACCCAAGUCAAGCAUUGUGUCUUUAUAUAAAAAGCUUGAAAUAAAACAUGCCAUUGAGAUGGCAGAGACGGGGAUGAUAAGUACUGUUCCUUCUUUUGCAUCUCUGAAUGAUUGUCGUGAAGAGAAAAUAAGGAAGCUCACACCUGGUGAAAUGGAUGAAAUCCGAGAAAUAUUAUCCAGAAAUCUCUAUCAAAUCCGACAGCGAACUUUGUCCUACAACAGACACAAUCUGACGGCUGACACAAGUGAGCGACAAGCCAAGGAAAUUCUGAUCCGACGAAGGCACAGUUUGCGAGAAAGCAUCCGGAAAGACAGCAGCUUGAACCAGGAGCACAGGGCGUCCACUUCAGCCUCUCGAUAUUUAUCCUUACCAAAAAAUACAAAGCUUCCAGAAAAGCUACAAAAGAAAAAGAAUAUUUCUAACACAGGUGGCAAUAGCAGUGACUCGGACACAGAUGUUGGGACUACCGUCCUCAAUUUGCAGCCCCGAGCAAGGGGCUUCUUGCCAGAACAGUUCUCAAAGAAAGCCCCACAGCCCUAUAAAAUGGAAUGGAAGAACGAGGUAGACGUCGAUUCCGGACAGGGCCAGCCUUGUAACCCCCCAGCACCCCCCAGCAAAGAGGGGGGCACCCAGACCCCAGGCAUGCUACGGCAGCCCCUUCUCUCCAAAGGCCAGUUUGGCUCAGUGCGGGAAGACAGUGUGACCGAAGGCGUCUGCCCCAAGCCACCACCCAGGCUGGUCCGGAGGGCAUCGGAACCCGGCAGCCGGAAAGCCCGAUUUGGAAGUGAGAAGCCUUGAUGGAAAUGGCCAAAGCAGACCUGGAGUGACUGACCCAGCACAGCUGGGGGUUGUCACUCUGAAACAUGACACAGAAGUGGAAUCCAUUUAAUGCCCUCUAUGCAUCUCAAUACUUCUUUGGGUAGCAGAGUCAUGCCAUUGACUUACAGGAUGAAUGCUCAUCCCAAGAAGAGGAAAAUCAAAGAAGAAAGUCCCAUAAAAUGCCUUUUAUGACUUCUUGCUAGCAGUUGUAUUCCUUACAAGCCUAAAGAAAAAAAAAGUGUGCCUUUAUUGAACUUGAAUGACAGAACUUGAAAUUUUUAACACACCCUUGUUGGUGAAAAUUUUAAUAUAUACAUGUAUGCCUCAAGUUUUAUUUAUGAAAACAUAUGUAUAUCUGUAAUCAGUUUUUAAAUGAAGGGAGCUAAACAUACUCAACAUCUUUCUGGGGUGUAAAAGGCAGCGCCCGGAGGAUGGUGGGCCAUUUGUUCAGAGUCAAGGUGUUUUGCCAUCCUGAGCUGAUGACCAGUUGGUACAGGAAGAGCACAGCAUGGAGCAGACCAUGCUCCAUGAACUCAGACCAGGGAGACAACCAGAACAUCUAGGCAGAUGAGGUGGCCUGGCUCCCAGAGCGCGGAUUCCCAUGAAACAAUGAGUCAGCAGGACUUAAUGUGUUCCUCAUUCUGUAUGUUUGGGGGUGACAUAGGUUCCAUCUCUCAUUUGUGUUUGGCGCAAACAGGCUGUGUGGGUGACGCGACGUAUGACAGACUUGGUGGCAGCUUUUGAUGAAGUUCCAGCGUGCAGGCCUCAUGUUGAAUGUGGGGGAGAUAAAGCAGCACCUGCUUACACCUUGUGGGCAGGUUUUAUAUUGUGCAAUACUGGGAAGAGGAUACAGGAGAUUCCCUUUCAUGCCCAUCUAGGACUACCCGCUUCAGAAUUUUCUGUAGAAUGUUCUAGAACUUUGAGCCUCCAAGCAGUUUAUUCAAACAGUAUUCCAAUAUUUAGCAAAUUGGUGAGAAUUCAGGUCUUGAAAUUUAUUCAGGAAGCACUUUGGAGAAUGUAGUUCUUUUUUUUUUUUUUUUUUUUGCACUAGUGUGUAAUCUGUUACCUCUGGCCCCUCAAUAAAGUAGUGACUCAAAUUCUUCGUAUAAAAAUGGAUUCUCCUCCUCUGAGUACUUUUUAAAAGUACAGCAGAAAGACAAGAAGUGGAAUAUAAUCAUUAAAGAUUAAUAUUUGAA